AUGAUUUUUGCCAUCGAAGAAAUCAACAGAAAUCACCUCCUGUUGCCAAAUGUCACACUGGGAUUCAGGAUCCACGAUGAUUGUGCGUCAUCCAAGAUUGUGACAAAAGCGGCCUUAGCUCUUGUUAAUGGGCAGGAAACCGGUUUGGGUUAUUCUUGCACAGGACAAUCUAAUGUCAUCGGGAUCGUUGGGACACAAGGAUCCUCUGAGUCUAUUGCAGUAGCAAGAGUUAUUGGUCCUUUUCAAGUUCCGAUGGUCAGUUACUUUUCCACCUGUACGUGUCUCAGCAGCAUUGAAGAAUACCCUACCUUCUUCAGAACGAUACCAAGCGAUUCCCAUCAGUCUAAACUUUUAGCGCAACUUGUUCAGAUGUUUGGAUGGACGUGGAUUGGGACAGUGAGCAGCAACAAUGAUUACGGUCGAUUUGGGAUACAAGCAUUUUUGGAAGCUGUUCAGAAGCUGGGAGUUUGCAUCGCCUACUCGGAGUCCUUCUACAGAACCGACUCUGUAGAAAAAAUUGCCAAAGUUGUAGACACAAUUAAAAAAGGGUCGACAAAGGUUGUGGUGGCACUUGUUUCUCCGGGAGACAUGCUAUUUUUGCUAAAGGAAGUUGUGCGCCAAAAUGUGAGCGACAUACAGUGGCUAGGAAGUGAAGCCUGGGUUACAGCAGAACUCCUCCCUUCAUGGCAAAGUACCAGGUUUCUAGUUGGGACCAUUGGGCCUGCAAUCCCUCGGUUCCACAUAUCAGGACUAAGAGAAUAUCUUCUUAAAGUUCACCCUUCUUUGUUUCCUGACAAUAUUUUAGUCUACGAAUUUUGGGAAACAAUGUUCAAAUGUAUUCUAAGGGAAGACCACUCGAAAACACGGUCAAACACUGAAGCUCCAAUCCAUAGAUGUACAACAAACGAAAAUCUAGAAGAAAAAAGCAGCACAUAUUCAGAUAUAACAUUGGACGGUAGUUCUUACAAUGUAUAUAAAGCUGUCUACGUGUAUGCUCAUGCACUUCAUAACAUGUUGCUGUGCAGCGAAGGCAAAGAACAAAAGAAUAAUAAAACAUGUGCAGACAUUACAAAUUUAAAACGAUGGCAGUUGCUUGAUUUUAUACGUUUGGUAAACUUCACCACGAGGACAGGUGACAGAGUGAACUUUGAUAACAAUGGGGAUCCAGUUGCCACUUAUGAUUUGAUAAACUGGAAAAUUAAUGUCAAUGGCUCUGCUGAGAUUGUGAAAGUGGGUUAUUACAAUGGAGCUGCCCCUUCAGGACAACAACUCACACUGGAUGAGGAACAUGUGAUGUGGAGCAGUGGCAGCAAUAAGGUUCCUCAAGCAGUCUGCAGUGAGAGAUGCCAACCUGGAUCAAGAAAAACCGUGAGGAAGGGACAACCCAUCUGUUGUUUUGACUGCACACAGUGUGCAGACGGUGAAAUCAGCAACACAACAGAUUCUCUCUUCUGCUUAAAGUGCCCGUGGGAAUAUUGGUCAAAUGAGCGGAGGGAUGAAUGCAUACCAAAGAAGAUAGAGUUUCUUACAUUCGACGAGAACAUAGGGAUUGCAUUAACAUCACUGGCCAUAGUAGGAGUGGGUCUCACUGUCGCCAUUGCAGCUGUUUUCUUCCAAUACAAGGACACUCCUAUUGUUAAGUCCAACAAUUCUGAACUGAGUUUCCUCCUCCUGUUUGCAUUAGCACUGUGUUUCCUGUGUUCGCUCACUUUCAUUGGUCAACCUUCGGUUUGGUCUUGCAUGCUACGACGCACUUCAUUUGGGAUCUCCUUUGUCCUGUGCAUUUCUUGUGUUUUGGGGAAAACUAUCAUUGUAUUGAUGGCAUUUAAGACAAAGUUUCCCAAUAAUAAUAGGGUCAAAUUAUUUGGACUCGGGCGACAACGAUUCAGUAUUUUUGCCCUCACAUUUAUUCAGAUUUUGCUGUGUGCUCUCUGGUUAAGUCAAGCAGCGCCUUUUCCAUUGAAAAACGGCAAUUACUACAGAAACAUUAUUAUUUUGGAAUGUGAUGCCGGGUCUACAACAAUAUUCUAUUGUGUGUCAGGAUAUAUUGCCUUGUUGUCCUGUGUAAGCUUUAUUCUAGCGUAUUUAGCCCGAAAACUGCCAGACAAUUUCAAUGAGGCCAAAUAUAUAACCUUUAGCAUGCUGAUCGUCUGUGCUGUUUGGGUAACGUUUAUCCCAGCUUAUGUCAGCUCUCCAGGGAAAUACACUGUGGCUGUGGAGAUGUUCGCAAUUUUAGCAUCCAGCUUUGGUUUAUUGGUUUGCAUUUUUGCUCCGAAAUGUUAUGUGGUUUUAUUGAAACCAGAAUGCAAUACAAAAAAACACAUCAUGGGUAAAGUUCCUUCACCUAAAUCUUAA